AUGUUUACACAAUCAUAUGAAUGGCGACAAACACAAACACAUUGUGAUCAAUCUUAUAUUUCUAAUCAAACAAUUAAAAUACCUAUGAAUGGAGAUAAACUUAAAUGUGUGACUAAUUCAUCUGCUUGUGGCAAUUAUAUCCCAUUGAGUGUUAAUGGUUAUUGUACAGAUUUUAGUACAUUGACUGAUUCAAGCUCAAGUCAAAUAUCAGAUAUAGAAGAGAUCACUAUGGAUUCAAAAUUUUGUGUAGCUUAUCAAGGUGCAACAUGGCCUGGAAUUAUCUUAUUAGGUUGGUAUGUAGAUAGCGCAAAAUGGUCACUCGGCUGUUGUGUUGAUUUAACAGUAAGAUCAGAUGGAUUUAUUAAUACACCACCAAUUGCUACAGUUAUUUCACCUAUUCGAGUACCGACAAAUACUUUAACUAAUAUAAUUAUUCCAGUUACAGAUGCUGAUAAUGAUACUCUACUUUGUCGUUGGGCUAUGAAUGUAUCGUUAUUUGAUGAAUGUGGCGAUAUCUGUGGGGAAGUUCCAGGCAGUACACUUAUUGCUGAGAACUGUACAUUGAUAUUCAAUAGUACAGGAAAACAGGCAGGCGAUUUCUAUGCAGUUGCUUUAAUGGUUGAAGAUUUUGAUAAUGAAACAAAUGGUACUGCUUUGAGUAGUGUUCCUAUACAAUUCUUAAUUCAAAUUAUUGCUUUACCUACUUGUUAUUCAAAACCAAUAAUUACUUCAAAUGCAUCAACAAAUACAAUUAUUCCAGUUGGAGUUUCAUAUACAUUCACUCUAACAAUUAAAUCAGGUUGCCCAGAUGUAUCAAUUGUUGAUUACUUUCGAGCACCACCAUUAAAUAUGCGUAAAAGUAAUAUAACAUUCAAUGGAAUAAACAAUGUAUCAUCCGUAACUGAAACCUGGACACCAUCAAGUGAUCAAAUUGGAUCUCAAACUUAUUGUUCUAUAGCAACUGACAGUGUUUCGAUACAAUCAGAUAUAUAUUGUUUAACAUUAAUUGUCGGUCCUAGUACUAAUCAAAAUAAUACUACUCCUAACACAAGUAAUUCGAAUACUACAGCAAGUUAUACUGAAGAUACUGAUGAUUAUACUACAUAUUUUACUACGGAUAUAUCAACUUCAAGUACUCAAACUACAACAACUACGACUACUACAACAACAGAAACAUCUACAACUACGACUAGUGCUACUACUACAACAUCAACAACUACGACUAGUACUACCACGACAACAACAACAGCGACAACUACAACGAGUGCGACUACGACAACAACAACUAGUACAACAUCAACAACAACAACCAGUACAACAUCAACUACUGCGACUACUACAACAUCUACAACUACAACUAGUACAACAUCAACGUCAACAACUUCAACUAGUACAACGACAUCAACAACAACAGCUACAACCACAACGACUACUGCACAAGAAUAUGUUACAGUUAUCGUAUCUGAUUCAACAAAAGAUAAUUCAGGAAUACUUGGAUUAGGACUUGGUCUUGGUUUACCGUUGGUUUUGGCUUUUGCAGCAUUAACUUUCUAUGCCUUGUAUCGGAGACAAUCUAUGCCUCCUAGUGUUGAACUUUUUGAGAGUGUUGAAACUUCUAUUAAUCAACCUGAAUCCAUCGAAAAAUUGUCUGAAAAUAAUAACAAUUCUUUAAGUGAUGCAACUGAUGAUCGUCAAGAAUACAAAAGUACUACUAAUGAAAAUUUAACAAAUCCAGAACCACAAUUACUCAAUGUAAAUUCUUUUACAGCUGUAUCAAUUUCAGAUUUUGAAUUACACGGUUUGCAAAGAACAACAGCGGCAUCAUUAUUCUCAUCACCAAUAUGUGACCUUCCAAAUGAUAAUGUUCAACAUACACAACAAUUUUCAUUAGAUAUGAAUAAUUUUCAACCAACUGGCUCGAUUCUUGUUCGUGCUUAUACCCAACAAGGAAAAGACAAUUCCAUUAAUUCUUCAUAA